AUGCUAGCCCAAUGGAGAAUGAAUAAUGGGGAUAUUGAUCUGACAAGUGAUCGAUACAGUAUGGUGGGAGGAAACCUUGUCAUCAACAACCCUGACAAGCAGAAAGAUGCUGGAGUAUACUAUUGUUUAGCAUCAAAUAACUAUGGAAUGGUCAGAAGCAUUGAAGCAACCUUAAGCUUUGGAUAUCUUGAUCCUUUCCCACCUGAGGAACGCCCUGAGGUCAGAGUUAAAGAAGGAAAAGGAAUGGUGCUUCUCUGUGACCCUCCAUACCAUUUUCCAGAUGAUCUUAGCUAUCGCUGGCUUCUAAAUGAAUUUCCUGUAUUUAUCACAAUGGAUAAACGGAGAUUUGUGUCACAGACCAAUGGCAAUCUCUACAUUGCAAAUGUGGAGGCAUCUGACAAAGGCAAUUAUUCAUGUUUUGUAUCCAGUCCUUCUAUUACAAAGAGUGUGUUCAGCAAGUUUAUACCACUCAUUCCACUACCUGAACGAACAACAAAACCGUAUCCUGCUGAUAUUGUAGUUCAAUUUAAGGACAUAUAUACAUUGAUGGGCCAAAAUGUGACUUUAGAGUGUUUUGCUCUUGGAAAUCCUGUUCCUGAUAUCCGGUGGCGGAAGGUCCUAGAACCAAUGCCAAGCACUGCUGAGAUCAGCACUUCUGGGGCUGUCCUCAAGAUCUUCAAUAUUCAGUUAGAAGAUGAAGGCAUAUAUGAAUGUGAAGCUGAGAACAUCAGAGGAAAGGACAAACACCAAGGAAGAAUUUAUGUCCAAGCAUAUCCUGAGUGGGUAGAACAUAUCAAUGACACAGAAGUGGAUAUAGGCAGUGAUCUCUAUUGGCCCUGUGUGGCCACUGGCAAACCCAUUCCUACAAUCAGAUGGCUGAAAAAUGGAUAUGCGUAUCAUAAAGGAGAAUUGAGACUGUAUGAUGUGACUUUUGAUAAUGCUGGAAUGUACCAGUGCAUAGCUGAAAACACACAUGGAGUCAUUUAUGCAAAUGCUGAGCUGAAGAUCUUGGCUUUGGCUCCAACUUUUGAAAUGAAUCCUAUGAAGAAAAAAAUCUUGGCUGCCAAAGGAGGAAGGGUUAUAAUUGAAUGCAAACCUAAAGCAGCACCUAAACCAAAAUUUUCAUGGAGUAAGGGGACAGAGUGGCUUGUAAAUAGUAGCAAAGUACUCAUUUGGGAAGAUGGUAGCUUGGAAAUCAAUAACAUUACAAAGAAUGAUGGAGGUAUCUACACAUGCUUUGCAGAAAAUAAUCGUGGGAAAGCUAAUAGCACUGGGACUCUUGUUAUCACAAAUCCCACACGAAUUAUAUUGGCUCCAAUUAACGCUGAUAUCACUGUUGGAGAAAAUGCCACCAUGCAGUGUGCUGCUGCGGCUGACCCCACCCUGGAUCUCACAUUUGUUUGGUCCUUCAAUGGCUAUGUGAUCGAUUUUAAUAAAGAGAAUAUUCAUUACCAGCGGAACUUUAUGUUAGAUUCCAAUGGGGAGCUGCUCAUCCGAAACGCCCAGCUGAAACACGCAGGAAGAUACACGUGCACUGCUCAGACGAUUGUGGACAAUUCUUCUGCAUCAGCUGAUCUUGUUGUGCGAGGCCCUCCAGGCCCUCCAGGUGGUCUGAGAAUAGAAGACAUUAAAGCCACUUCUGUGGCACUUACUUGGAGUCGUGGUUCAGACAACCAUAGCCCUAUCUCUAAAUACACUAUCCAGACCAAGACUAUUCUUUCAGAUGACUGGAAGGAUGCAAAGACAGAUCCUCCAAUUAUUGAAGGAAAUAUGGAGGCAGCAAGAGCAGUGGAUUUAAUCCCAUGGAUGGAGUAUGAGUUUCGUGUGGUAGCAACCAAUACUUUGGGUAUAGGAGAGCCCAGUAUACCAUCAAACAAAAUUAAAACAGAUGGAGCCGCGCCUAAUGUGGCUCCUUCAGAUGUAGGAGGAGGAGGUGGAAGCAAUAGAGAACUGACCAUAACGUGGGCGCCUUUGUCAAGAGAAUAUCAUUAUGGCAACAAUUUUGGUUACAUAGUGGCAUUUAAGCCAUUUGAUGGGGAAGAAUGGAAAAAAGUUACAGUUACUAAUCCAGAUACUGGUCGAUAUGUCCAUAAAGAUGAGACUAUGCGCCCGUCCACUGCAUUUCAAGUGAAAGUUAAGGCCUUCAACAACAAAGGUGAUGGACCCUAUAGCCUCACAGCAGUUAUUAAUUCAGCACAAGACGCUCCCAGUGAAGCCCCUACAGAAGUAGGAGUAAAAGUUUUAUCAUCUUCUGAGAUAUCUGUUCAUUGGGAGCAUGUUGUAGAAAAAGUAGUGGAAGGCUACCAGAUUCGGUACUGGGCUGCCCAUGACAAAGAAGCAGCUGCACACAGAGUUCAAGUCACUAGCCAAGAAUACUCUGCCAGGCUGGAGAACCUUGUGCCAGACACCCAGUACUUUGUGGAGGUCAGGGCCUGCAACAGUGCAGGGUGUGGUCCACCCAGUGAUGUGAUUGAAACCUUCACCAAGAAAGCACCUCCUAGCCAGCCUCCCAGGAUCAUCAGUUCAAUAAGGUCUGGUUCACGCUACAUAAUCACCUGGGAUCAUGUCGUUGCACUAUCAAAUGAAUCAACGGUGACAGGAUAUAAGGUACUCUACAGACCUGAUGGCCAACAUGAUGGCAAGCUGUAUUCAACUCAUAAACACUCCAUAGAAGUCCCAAUCCCCAGGGAUGGAGAGUAUGUUGUAGAGGUUCGUGCACACAGUGAUGGAGGAGAUGGAGUGGUGUCUCAAGUCAAAAUUUCAGGUUCAUCCACCCUAUCACCGAGUCUCCUUGGCUUACUGCUGCCUGCUCUUGGUAUCCUUGUCUACUUGGAAUUCUGAAUGUGGUGUGACAGCUGUUGUUCCCGACCCAGCUCAGUGGACACCCAUCAUCCCUGUGAGGACUACAAUUCUUUCCAAUCCCUUUGGCUCCAUUCUAGCCAAAUAAAUUAUACUUUAACAAACUAUCCAGCUGAUUUACAACACAUGUUUUGACUGAGGCAUUCAGGAACCCUUCAUCCAAAAGAAUAAACUUUUCUUUAAAUGGAUAUAAGAUGAUUUUUAACUCGUUCCAAUAUGCCUUAUAAACCACUUAACCUGAU